UCUUGAACCAUUUCAAGCAUGAAUGUGGUCGCGACCUCGAUUUCGGGAACGAAUGUACAGCUCGUCGUAAGCUCUCUGACAGAUCAAAGCCAAGUGGUUUGCAUCGAUCGCCCGUAUUCAGCGUUGGAAAAGCUGCAUAUCUUCCUCGUCAAGAAACAUGGCGCGAUCAACAUCCCGAGCUUUCCCUUGUUUCCAUCGAACGCAACCGAUGCCAAGCUGGCCGUCCUGUGUGCAGAGCUCACGGCAUACUUCAAGUGCGACAAGGUGUAUGAAAGCGACGAGGUGCGCUCCCUGGUGGACGAAGAAAUCACGGCCGGCGCGGCGCAUAUGACCGCCAUCGACUUUAUCCUGCAGCCUUUUGAGUAUGAAAAGGUCAACAUCCUGCGCGGCUCCAAGCACGAACUCCAGCUCCAAAUGACCUCUGCCGGGCAAUCACUCGUGUGGAAGUUUGAAGUCGAGGAUUACGACAUUGAGUUUUACGCUGAGUUUCACACGCCGUUCCCCAUGUACACUGAGAUCUUCCAUGCAGCGACGAAAUACCAAACUACGUCCAAGCCCGUUGAAGGCAUGUACACGUGCAGUCGACCGGGAGUUGUAACCCUUCGAUGGGACAACACGUACUCUCGGCUUCGAAACAAGUCGUUGCUGUACUUGGCGCAUGUGGUGGACAAGAACAUGAUGGAGUCGGCGCUCGCGGCGGCAGAUGCGUUGAAUCAGGCGAUGGAAGCUGGGCCAACGUCCGGCAACUGCCUCCGCUUGCAAAAGUCGCCACUGCUGAAAACCACCGCCGGCACCCCUCGUCUUCCCAUCAUGCCGUCGUUGGAACAACUCACGCCACAGUGGCUCAUGGACGGGCUCAUGCAAACGACGUCCGCCACGGCGAGUUAUGCCGCCAAGUUGUUUGGAUCCCGUCAUCCACCGUUGGCACUUGCCAUGUCGUCGGAAGAACCCGACGCGUGCGGGAACAGUCUCAUUCAAGAGCUCAAUGACCUCAACAUGAAGUUGCUGCAACGCGUGGAACGGCUGGAAGACUCGUUGGCGCGAAUUGCAGUCGAACGAGACCAAGCGCUGUCCAGAGUGCAGCUCGCCGCAGCGAAAGCCGAAGCCGAUGCUGGUGCGCUCAACGACGUAAUCGUCAAGCUUCAAACCCAGCAUGACGAAAUUGAGCGACUGUGCCGAGAGCGGCAGAAUUGGCCAGCGGUGCUGGCCGAGCGAGACGCGCUGCUUCUGGAAAAGCAUCGAUGGGCCAUGAUUGAUGAGUUUGACUCGUACUCGGAGAAGCCGUCGUCGCCCCGGGAAGACCGACCGGUGAAAGACCCCCACUUGAAGGAUGAUGUGCGCCAAGCACUCGAAAAGGAACUGGGCCAGGCAGAGCUGACUCUGUUGCGAGUUCGCGCGCAGCUGGGGUAUUCGCUGCACCACCAUGUCCCUGUUCGAAGUGCUGGCGACCGCCUCGAGCGCCUCGCCAACGAGCUUGCUGCGGCGAAGACCGAGUACGACGAAAAGGCGGAGCAGCGGGCGCUUGAAAUUGCCGAGCUGAACCAACAGAUUGUCAAGUACAAGAGUCACAAGAAGGUUUUGGUGACAGAAUUGAGGAACUUGAAGCGAGAAACGGAUGGACAGGUAGCUGUCGCGAUGGCCGAGGCAUGCGAAGCACGAAUGGUGAACCAGAGCCUGAAGCGGCAGAACGAGUUGUUGUUGACGCAAAUGCGCGCGAUGGUGGACGACAACAACGCCGCGGCAAAGUCAGCGGACAUCGAACCGACAGCAUCUCCCUUGAUCAGCACCAUUACGGCUGCAGACAUUGCGCUGUUGAACGGGCAGCCCGAGGUCAAAAUGCUGUCACAGGUGCCGCAUGAGCAACCAAAUCCGUACCGUGAACGUCUCCUUCGCUUCUUCCAAGAGCACGACCCCAGUCAAAUCGAUCAAGUGGACGACAUGCUUGAGAGCUACCGCGGUGUCGAGGACUCGCUCAUGGACAGCCUCCACCUCAAGUACACCUUCCAACACUUGGCUUGACCACACGUUGCAGACUUCAUAUAUCGGAUAACGGGACAAAUUCGGAUAACCACGGUUGAAAAUCGGG